UCUUUCACCAACUGCCUCUUUCUACCAAGGGAAAAAAAAAAAAAAAGAAACAAAAAAAAAAAAACCCCUUCCGAUCAGGCAUUAAGAGGAAACACGAACAUAGUCUUUGUCUUGUUUUUAUUGGAUCUAUCAAUUGCAACCUCGUAUUAUGGAUAAUAAUAUGGCCUUUGAAAAGUAAAUAUUGGUGGACCCAAAAAAUCACCGGGAGGUGAACAAUUUAAUGGGGAUCUAUUGAGAGUGGACUCGGAUUGUCCUUUUUCGUCACCCCUCUGGUUUCCUCGGUUUCUCCGUGUCCACUCUCUCUUUGUCUCUUUCCCCUAUCCCCAUUGUUUCUCUUCGAACGGCGUUCUUUUUUUUAUUAUUUUAUUUAUUUAUUUUUUUUUGAUCCUGGAUUAAUAUAACACGGCAAGGAACCCGGUGCUUGCUGUUAUGGAUUUCAAUAGUAGCACGGGUGGAGGCGGCGAUCUCCACAAUAACCAGCACCAGCUCCAGACAGACGAAAGCAAGCCCUUGCUGGGUGAGGUGUCUAAUUCUGGACCACCGGACGGGAAUAAAAUGGGAGCAGCUCUGUGUCGGAGAGCCUUGCUCCACUGCAACGGGAUGAGGUAUAAAUUACUUCAGGAAGGGGACAUACAGGUUUGUGUCAUCCGACACCCCAGGACCUUUCUCAGCAAGAUCCUCAGUUCCAAAUUCUUGAGGAGAAGGGAACCCCACCACUUGACCCUGACAGAUAAGAGUCUGGCAUCUGCUACUCCGAUUGGUUACAUGGAAAACGCCAUCUCUUACAGCGCCAUAGAGGACGUUCAGCUGCUGUCCUGGGAAAACGCGCCCAAAUACUGUGUACAGAUCACUAUCCCUGGAGGGACUGUACUGCUGCAGGCUGCCAACAGUUAUCUCCGUGAUCAAUGGUUUCACUCACUGCAGUGGAAGAAUAAGAUCUACAAGUACAAGAAGGUUCUGAGUAACCCGAGUCGCUGGGAGGUGGUUCUGAAAGAGAUCCGGACCCUGGUGGACAUGGCGCUGUCCUCUCCUCUGCAGGAUGACUCUAUCCACCAGGCUCCCCUGGAGAUCGUCUCCAAACUGCUCUCAGAAAAUACAAAUCUAAGUACACUGGAACAUGAAAACAUUAUAGAGGCAAUUGCACCCUUGCUGGAAAACAACCACCCACCUCCAGACCUCUGUGAAUUCUUCUGCAAGCAUUGCAGGGAACGCCCCAGGUCUAUGGUGGUGAUAGAAGUGUUCACACCUGUGGUGCAAAGAAUCCUCAAACACAAUAUGGAUUUUGGAAAAUGCCCUCGGUUGCGGCUCUUUACUCAGGAAUACAUACUGGCACUGAACGAGUUAAAUGGUGGAAUGGAGGUGGUGAAAAAGUUUAUUCAGAGCAUGCACGGGCCAACUGGACAAUGUCCUCAUCCCAGGGUCCUGCCAAACCUUGUGGCCGUCUGCUUAGCUGCCAUUUAUUCCUGCUACGAAGAAUUUAUCAACAGCCGAGACAACUCUCCCAGUCUCAAAGAGAUUCGGAACGGGUGCCAACAGCAGUGCGAGCGCAAACCCAACCUGCCACUGCGCCUUAUGAGGACCAGCCCUGACCUGGUGUCCCAGGAGGUCACCUCGCCUGUGGAGACCCGCAUCAAGAUUGUCAACUCAAGCGAGAUCCACGUCGACCUGGAGCGCAACAACAUGGCCAAUCAGAAGCUGAAGGGGCCGACGGGGAGCAGCGAGAGCGUGCCCAGCCUGAUUGACUGCCUGCUGGUGAGCCCGGCCUGCAGCACCAUGAGCAUCGAGCUGAGCCCCCAGGCCGACCGCGUGCUUGUCUGCUACGUCGAGAUCCUCAAGAUGCUGUCAGACUAUGAUGACUGGAGACCAGCCUUGGCCAGCCUGCUGCAGCCUAUUCCCUUUCCUAAAGAGGCUCUCGCACAUGAAAAAUUCACAAAAGAAUUGAAGUAUGUUAUUCAGAGUUUUGCCGAGGAUCCCAGACAGGAGGUCCACUCGUGCUUGCUGAGUGUCCGUGCUGGCAAAGACGGCUGGUUCCAGCUCUACAGCCCCGGGGGAGUGGCGUGUGAUGAUGAUGGGGAGCUCUUUGCCAGUAUGGUACGUGUCUGCAAUAAUGUUCACAUUUUGAUGGGUUCCUGCUACAAGACAAAGAAGUUCCUGCUUUCGUUGGCUGAGAACAAGCUGGGACCCUGCAUGCUCCUGGCAUUGAGGGGCAGCCAGACCAUGGUGGAGAUCCUGUGCUUGAUGCUGGAAUACAACAUCAUUGAGAACAAUGACACGCAGCUGCAGAUCAUCUCAACACUGGAGAGCACAGAGGUGGGGAAGAGGAUGUACGAGCAGCUGUGCGACCGCCAGAGAGAGCUCAAGGAGCUGCAAAGAAAGGGUGGUCCCACAAGGCUUACUCUGCCAUCCAAGUCAACAGACGCGGACCUGGCUCGCCUGCUGAGCUCCGGAUCCUUUGGUAACCUGGAGAACCUCAGCCUGGCCUUCACCAAUGUCACCAGUGCCUGUGCGGAGCAGCUUAUCAAGCUGCCCUCACUCAAACAGCUCAACCUGUGGUCAACCCAGUUUGGAGAUGGUGGAUUGCGGCUCCUCUCCGAGCACCUUACUUCUCUGCAAGUUCUCAACCUGUGUGAGACCCCAGUCACUGACGCUGGACUUCUUGCGCUAAGCUCUAUGAAAAGCUUGUGUAGCCUCAACAUGAACAGUACUAAACUGUCUGCUGACACAUACGAAGAUCUCAAGGCCAAGUUGCCUAACCUCAAGGAAGUGGAUGUUCGUUAUACUGAAGCCUGGUGAACUUUCUGUUGAGAUGAUGAAAGAAAAAUAAAUCUCGAAAACAAAACCUCUUUUUAGUGAGAUCUGUUCAGCUCAUCUUUUUGGGUACUGUGAAAGAAGCGCCCUCUGCCCAGCGUCCCCUUCAUUCCAUGACCCAUGUUGUGACUGCCGUCCUAGAUCGGCACAAAUAGGCUUUGCGAUUUGAAACAGUGAAAGACUUAUUAGCGGUUGGCGGACCAUGUGACGAAAAAGAUAAAAACAACGGAACUGUGGAUUUUAAUUGCCUUUGUGUUUUAAUGAUGCUGUAUGUAUGAAUUUUUUGCCGAUUUGAAACAGACUAUUAUUUUUUCUUCAGAUGACUCUGCUUUCUUUUUUUUUGCUUUCUUGAAACAAAGACAAAUCUGUAGAGAAUGCCAUUGGAAAGAAAAAGACCAUCCAAUAACCCGAAUGCUAGCCUCCGUUUUUUGUUUGCUUUGUUUGUUUUUUGUACAUAACACAUAUUUGAGAGAAUUAUUCACAAUGAUCAGGUCUGGGACCUGAAUUUUAUUUAUAAAUGGUUUAAUUCUUUUAAUUCCGUUUGUGUUUGUUUGUUGGCUAUAUAGUACUGUAAAAACUAGCUUGCAGGUAUCCUAACUAAUUUGUUUACUCUAUUGAAACGUAUGCCCACAGCAACUGCUACACACACACACACACACACACA